AUAGAAAAAGAGAAAACGAAAAAUAUAAUCCGACGGAGGAGGGGAGGAAGAAAGAAGCAGUAGGGUUUUGGUGAGAAAUCUGAAAGACAGAAUGGAAGAGUGGAAUCGCGAUUCGAAACGCAAACGCGACGACUUGUCGUCGGUCCCGAACGGCAUGGCCGACAUGGCGAUGUUGGAGGCGCUAGAGAAGCAGGGAGCCUCACUGGAAGCCUGGGACCCUCGAACCCUAAAGAAGCUCGUCCUCGCCUUGGAGCGGCGCCUCAAGGACAACAUCGCCGCCCGUCUCAAGUACCCGGACCAGCCGGAGCGCUUCGCCGACUCCGAAAUCGAACUCCACGACGAGCUGCAGAAGCUCAAAGGCCUCGCCAGCGCUCCCGAGCUCUACCCGGAGCUCGUCUCCCUCAACACCGUCCCUUCCAUUCUCAACCUCCUCAGCCACGACAACACCGACAUUGCGAUCGACGUCGUUCAGCUCCUCCAGGACUUGACCGACGAGGACGCCGUCGACGACAACGACGAGCCCGCUCGCGUCCUCGUGGAUGCGCUCGUCGACAACAACGUCCUCGAGCUUCUGGUUCAGAAUCUGCUCCGGUUGAACGAGUCCGACCCCGACGAGAUGGCCGCCGUGUACGGCACGCUCGCCACCAUCGAGAAUCUGAUCGAGGUGAAGCCGGCGGUGGCGGAGUUGGUGUGCGAAAAGACCAAGCUGCUCAAGUGGCUGAUGAGUAAGAUCAAGGUGAAGGAGUUUGAUGGAAACAAACAGUACGCCUCGGAAAUUCUGGCGAUUCUGUUGCAGAGUAGUGAAGCCAAUCAGAAGAGGUUGGGGCAGAUGAACGGCGUGGAUGUGCUGCUUCAGGCGGUGGCUAUGUACAAGAAUAAGGACCCCAAGAGCCCCGACGAGGCCGAGAUGCUGGAGAAUCUCUUCAAUUGUUUGUGUGGAUUGUUGAUGCCUAUGGAGAAUAGGGAGAAAUUCCUCAAGGCCGAAGGGGUGGAGUUGAUGAUUAUAAUAAUGAAGCAGAAGAAGUCUGCUUAUGGUUCCGCCAUAAGGGCUCUUGAUUUUGCAAUGACCAAGUACCCACUGGCUUGUGAACGUUUUGUUGAUGUUUUGGGGUUGAAGACGGUCUUUGCAGCUUUUAUGGGUAAGAUUCCCAUCAAUAAGAAUGAAAAGAAGGAAAGGUAUCACGAGGAGUUGGAGGAGCGCAUCGUGUCGCUAAUUGCAUCGUUAUUUGGUGGAAUUAUGAGGGGUUCCAGAAGGGAGAGACUGUUCAGCAAGUUUGUGGAAAAUGAGUGUGAAAAGAUAGACCGUCUUAUGGAACUUUAUAUGAGAUAUUCGAAUAGAGUUAAAGCAGAAACUGACCGAAUUGACCAGCUUGAUCUUGAUGAUUUAGAGAUGGAUGAAGAGGAAAUAUAUAUUCGGAAGCUUGAAGCUGGUCUUUAUACCCUUCAGUUGAUUGCUGUUAUUCUGGGUCAUCUUUGGUGCUCCGAGCAUCCUCAAAUGAGAGGAAGAAUCGAACUACUUCUCAAGCAGCAAAAGCUUACUAAGAAGGAUGUUCAAGAUAUACUUCAGGAGUAUCAUGACAACAUCGGUGAUAUGGAAGGAGCGGAAGAGAAAGAGCGAUCACAGGCAAAGAUACAAAAGUUCAUCUCAGCUUUUGAUUGAUUGAAUGGUCCCUUUUCAGCUGUGGGAAAAUUAAUAGUGCCAAAUAGAAGUAGAUGGUGAGUAGAAAACUGUUGAUGUGUACUUUCAAAUGUACAACAAUUUUGUGGUUUUAUGCUCUCCGAGUAGAACAUUGGAUAAUUGUACUUAAGAGGACUGUGUUGAAGUUGGAGCACAAUAGCACAUUGGCGAACUGGCAAAACAUGUUGAUUUAAAUGUCAUCCACAUCUAGUUGAGUUUUGAGCUAGUUUGUCACUCUUAACCUUAUAUCAUCAUGUUUUCUAUUGUUUC